AGUAUGACGAACACUUCGAGGAGGCAUGUCCGCCGGACAGCGUCAAAAUUGAGGACGUCUGCAAGUGCGACUACACCCUGUGCGACAAGCCGCCGUGCCAGUCGACUCUCGUCCAGGUCGCGAACCUGACCGACGUGCCCGGCUCGUGCUGCCCGACGUACACGUGCGAGGGCUGCGUCGAAGAGGACCAAAUCGAAGGUAUGUGUCCGUGUCUGCCGGGCGCGGUUCUCAGAUCGGGUCGCAAGUGCGAGUGCGCGAAGCAGCACUACACGCUUUCGAACGGUACGUGCGAGUGCGACGUGAACAAGUGCGAGCUGCCCGAUCUGUGCGACGAACGGUCGGUCGCGGUUGUCGAACGCGAGGAUUGCUGCGAAAAAGUGAAGUGUAUCGAGUGUCCCUCGGACAGCUACCCCACGGCGUACAACAACGCCACGUUGGACGACAUGUGCGUGUGCUACCCGUGCCCGCCCCACAAGUGUAACGGAACUCAAGUGCACAUUUUGAGGAACGCCAGGAACGUGCCGGGAAUGUGCUGUGACCUGUACCUCUGUGAGAACGCGUGCACGGUUAACGGCACCUUGUACUCGCACGGUGACAGCUGGUCUUUGGGCGACACCCAGUGCAACUGCCAGAAUGGCGUCUCCGUCUGCUCGUCCAUAACCCCCAGCGAGAUGUCGAGGACGUGCCUGGUCGAAAACAAGAUCUACCACCACAACGAGACCUGGAUCGUGGACAGCUGCACCAACUGCACGUGCGUUCACGGCGAGCCAAAGUGCAUAGCGCACAUGUGCGACGUACUGACCAGCGAGGCCAAGUGCCCGCCGAUGUCCGCCUGCAGGAAGAUGUGCGAGAACGGUUUCAGACUGAACAAGCAAGGGUGCGAGAUCUGCAAGUGCAAGUUGGUUCAAAACAAAACGGACAGGCUCGACCUUCUGCUUCAGGAGUACAACCUGACCGAAGAGGAGCUCACGAAUCUCGUCAGGAGUCGAGCCGAGGCCGAAGAUGUGCAAAGUACGGUUGAUUCCUCCACCUCUACGAGUUCCACGACAACGCCAUCUACUACCGUUUGCAUAAGCGAUCAUACGAAGACUAGAGGUGACUGCACCUACAGCUGCAUCUUGGAAUACGGCAUACCCGGCUUCGUCGUCGGCGCAAUCUUCGCCGGCAUCCUCCUAUUCACAUUCCUCAAGUGCUCCGAGAAGAACCGCCAGAAGUACAAGAUGCACUACAACUACAGGCCCGUCGGAAAGGAGGCGGCGCUCGACAAGAACCUCAACAUCUCGCCGAUAAUCAACUCGAAGAAUUUCGAAUUGAAAAGUUACAACGAGAAAAAGAAUGUAAUUUAGUUUGUAAAAAGGAUAUUUAAUUAUUUUGUUAAGUUUUUAUUUAUUUAAUAAGAUUGUGAUAUAAUUAAAUAAUAACGAAAGGCUUUUUGCUAAAAAUACAGACGAAUAAUGUUGAUGUUUCUAUUGCGAUAUGUGGGGCGAAGACUCCCCCCUUUUAAUCCUGUAGAGAGUAGUAGUAUUUCAAGGCGCUUAUUUCGAAAAAAUUGUACUUUUGCUGUGCGUCCUGUAAAAAUUUCCAAAAAAAAAAUCCUUUUAGGUAAUUUUUAUAAAUCUUAGCUUAGUUUAUAUUUUAAGUAUAAAUUUGUAUUAUACUAUCAAAAACGUUUAAUAUGUAAAAAUGAAAAACUGACUGUUGUGAAUAACUUGAUAAGAAGACAAUAAUUAUUAUUGAAAUAGGUCGAUUUUCGGUUUUCGACAGAUUGGCAUAUCACAAAAGGAAUCAACAUUUCAAAUUUUAAGUAUGUUACUUGUACAAAGUAUGUAAGCAAAUAUUACUUCUAGUUUUUAUAACAUUUACGAAUUCUAAUACCGUUUAAGUUAUUUUAAUUGUUGUAUUGUGAUAGCGACUUUUUAUUUACUAUUAAUUAUUUAUAAACGGGGUGCAUUAAUUUUUCUCACACACAUAUCUUUGCCCCCCCUUCCCCCCAAAUACACCCUAUAAUUUAUAUAUCUAUAUAUUUACAAUAUAUAAUAACUUAAUUGUUCCUAAGCAAGACUUAACAAUAUUAUUGUGUUUAAUGUAGUAAACGCUGUGUUAUUUUUUAGUUUUUGAAAUUAUUUGCAGUAUUGACUAUAAGUAUUUUAAUAUUGAGGAGUAUUCGAUAUAAUUUAAAAUGUCUCAUUGGGAUAGGAUUACAGAAAAAAAUUAUUUUCUUUAUUUGAAAGUGAUGUAGUGGUUAAGACCUGUAAUUAUAAUAUUUAGUUAUACAUAUUUAUUAAACGGCUUCAUAAAUGGUGAAUAUAUGUUUGUAUGUAUAUAUUAAAAAUAUUAUAAAUAAACAAACUUAAGUUAU